ACUCCUCCUCCUCGCUGAUUUCCGAUUGUUCCACGGAGGCGAAGCGGCGGUACUCUCUCUCUCUCUCUCUCUCUCUCUCUCUCUCCAUCCUCUGAGAUUCACGAUCAAUCUGAAAACUUUGGGAGCACUCGAAGAUCAUCAUCAUCAUCAUCAUCAUCAUCAUCAGCUGGGGUUCAAUCCGUUCGUUCCCUGACUAAGUCCUGCCGCGGCUAUGGCGGAAACGAGCUUCCUGCCGGACGAAGAUUUCAGGUUGGAGGCCACUCGAUCCAGAUUUUCGAACGUCCUCAAGAAGCACGCGGAAUUGUCCGAGCGUCUCUCCAGUUGCAGGGACUCUGACAAAUCUGUUUUUGAGCGUCUACAGAAAGAAUUUGACACUGCACGUGCUUCCCAAAGUCAAGAGAUUCACUUGGAUGGUGAAGAAUGGAAUGAUGGCCUCUUAGCAACCAUAAGAGAGCGGGUUCACAUGGAGGCAGACAGGAAGUCUAUGGCAGGGGACACAACUAUCUCUUCAGGCACUUAUAUUCAGGAAAAAAUUACUUAUAAAGUUGGAAACAAGGUGAUUUGUUGUUUGGAAGGCGCAAGAAUUGGCAUACAGUAUGAAACUUUUUUUGCUGGAGAGCCAUGUGAACUAUACCACAUCGUUCUUGAGAGUAAAUCAUUUUUGCAAAAGAUGACUGUCCUGGAACAUACAGUUCCGUUCUUUAUACCAAUACGUGAUGCAGAAAAUGAGCUCCUUUCUUCAAACGCAAUGAAAUUUAUAGACCGUGUUGGAGAACUUCUGCAGGCUUAUGUGGACAGACGUGAACAGGUCCGCCUUAUUAAAGAAUUGUAUGGGAACCAAAUUGGAGAGCUGUAUCACAGUCUUCCAUUCAACAUGGUCGAAUUUGUACUUGAUGACUAUGAGUGCAAGGUAACUGUUACUCUGAGGUAUGAAGACCUCAUUUGCGUACUUCCAACUCGUAUAAGAGUCCUGGCAUGGCCAAGGAAGAACUCUACCAGUCCAGUCUCCAUGAACCGAAGGGGAAAUGGAGUUGUAGGAAGUCACCCUAGUCCAGCUCGUCUUUCUUAUGCUGAGGAGGCCUUGCGAAGUAUGAGCUUGCCAGAAGCAUUUGCAGAAAUUGUUUUAAAUUUGCCACAAGCUCUCCAGCAAUUAUAUCAGCAAAGAAGCACCUCCUAGUAAUUUGGACUUGACAAAGCUUCAAAAUGUACAAUGUAACAGCAAUAUCUGAGGUUGUAUGACCUGACAGGAGCUUGAAAGAUGAGGAGAAUUCAAGGGAGUUGAACUUUUAUAACUUCAUGCAGUGUAAUUAGCAAAACGCCCAAAUUGCCCAACUAUAUCGUUUAUGUGAAUAAUUUGUACUGCUGAUACUUUUUCCUAGUAGUAUAUGGAUUUGAUAAGUCUGGACUCAAUAUCGCUUUUCAUUUUUUUCUCAGAGGACGCUGAAUUGAGAUCUAUUAAGAAUGGGAGACGAUGAAAGAGUAAGCUGUGGAUUUAUUGUCACUUGAAGUUAUCAUUUGAUCCUUGUUCUCGACUGUCAUUAUGAAGCUCAAAGGAGGGACUACAUUUUGGCGGCAGUUGUUCUUGGGAGUGCUCUGAUUUGUUUCCUAAAAAUAUCAUGGAUUUUGUAUCAACAGUCUUAGUAGUUUAAAUAGCCCCCAAAGCUCGCUUCAACAUACAUUUUCUGCCUAGAUUGGAGUUUCCCCUCUGGCCAUCCUCUUUGGUUUAAAGUAGGGGCAUUCAAUGCUGUCAAUGUCCUCCGAAAAAGAGGCCUGACCCUUUCGCUCAUUUUUACUUGUGUGAUAAGGGCUAUUCUUUUUUCUUUUUUUUUGGGGUCAGAAUGAGGUUUCGCGGUCAGAAUGGGGGAUACUUGAAUUGGUCUAUUAUUGAAAUUGUAAAUCUCUUUGGAUGUUA